AAUUAAAAACGAAAUAAAAAUAAGGUUCAUUUUGAAACUGUUUUUUGUCGGAUACUAACAUAAACAGGAGAAAUGUGGAGCAGUCUGGGAUUUGUGUGGUUGGCGCUCCAAAGUGGAUCAGUCCUUGCAGGCAUAAUGUUAAGCCCCGGGAGGCGUUCACCACCAGCUCAGCCUUUACAAACUACGACAACUGAAGAGCCAUUGUCACCCGCCCAAAUAGCGCUCAACAACCAAUGUCUUGGAAAGUGCAUCACAGAACUGUGCUACCUGUCUGACGACACAGACUGCCGUAAGUUCAUCAUGUGUGAGCGUGACGCCCAGAGCCGCUACAAGGCAAGCCUCCAGCCGUGUGCAUUCGGGACGUACUGGGGCGGGUAUGACCAACAAAGGCGCAUUACCUGUGACCGACCCUACAACGUCAACUGCAAUAUCGACUACUGUGCUGGGCGAGUUUCAGGCGAGAAGUUCAAGCACCCGGACGGGAAUUGCAAGACGUACUGGGAAUGUACAGGCAACGUCCCAAUGCCAUUCUGUUGUCCGGAUGGUUAUUACUUCGAUUCUACACUGAACAUGUGCCAAACAGAUGAAACAUUCACCUGCCAUGAUGCAUGUCCUCUCCGCGCAGACGCCGCCGCGUGCAUGCAGCUGGGUCAGGCUUCCGCGUUUCUAGAUGACGGUAACUGCCGAACGUACUGGGACUGUGAGCAGCAGAACCCCCAUCCCGUCUGCUGCACCGCGGGUAAAAGCUACGACAUCCGCACAGGCACCUGUAUCACCAACAUGAACUGCCGGGACGAGUGCCCACAGCAAUACCAGACAGACGUGUGUCGUACAGGCACCGGCAGACAGACGUAUGACAUCACGGACACUCAUUGCCGAACGUACAUGAAAUGCAGCAACAAUUCUUACGACGAGCGGUGGUGCUGUCCCUCUCAACACUUCUUUGAUCCACUUACCCAGAAUUGCCAGCCAAUUAACUACGGGGAGAAAAUGAAGUGUGAUGAUGUCUGUCCUCUCGGCUAUCGCGAGUUCUGUCCACUGACAAAAUCAGCGUCAAAUCCGUCCAGCUUUAUCCAGAGUGAUAUAAACGGUGUGGAGUGGGAAAUGAAGUGUGCACCGGGAACUACUUUUGACGAGAGCGCGUGUGCGUGUGGUGUCUUUGUCAAGAACGCUCCGGAUAACUCGUGUAACAUGGAACUGGACAUUCUGUUUGACGCCCCUAUCAUGGAGAGGCGAGGCUCUCAGAGAACCGUGCAGAUUAAGAAAAUGUCUGGGGGCGAAAUGCUGGAUGCACCGGCCUUGAACAAACGCAAACCAUUUGUCUUUGACGGCAAUCUUACGUUAAGAACUCCGUUUGGCCAACAGCAAUUCGACAAUGUCUAUAUCAGUAUUAUCUUCCGACCGGAAAACAACGCUGUCGGAGGACCCCAGGUGCUGUUGUCCAACUGUAUGAACCAGGCCCUUGGCGCAGCGACCCUUGAACUUAUCCUAGAAAAAGGGGACGUUGUGUUCCGGGUGGUCACUGACCACAGGGUGACCAAGGCCGGUAUAGCAGGUGUAGUGGACAUCCCAGCAACUCUGAGAAUACCAUUUGUAGUAGGUAUGUGGCAAGUUGUGACUGCGAUAUACGACGGUACGACACUCCACCUCGCUCUUGAAGGACAAGGCAGACCGACGUAUGCGUCCAUGCCGCUCACAGGUAAUAUUCCGGUAGCAGCAGAGGGUUUGCUAUUUGGUGGGUGUGUGGUCCAGGGCGGGGAACAACGGCGAGGGGAAGGGUUCAUCGGAUCCAUGGCAAAGCUACAGUUUUCCAAGUGUUUGCAGCAACAGUGGCUGGAUAACUUUUUCAUGGUCCUUGGGGUAGAGCCUCCAACCCCUCCUCCCACCAGCACUCCAGCUGCCGCCCCGUAAAACUUCUAAACGGGAACAACUGUUAUAUAUAAACGGAACAUAUAAUCGUCCAGGUUAUGAUAGUAAAGCACGGAUCAUACCAUACUAGUUACACAAAAUUAUUUACACGUUUUACGUUUUUACCUUACAUCUGGUUGUUUUGUCAUCAUAUUUUUACAGGAUUGUUGGUGUUUUGGUGGAGAAUUUUCAUCUUAGAGUUAUUUUGAAUUAUUCAGUGUAAAGUACAUGACAAAUAUUUUAUAUGCAGAAUUGCAUGGUCUUUUUAUACAUAAGUGACAUUUCCAUACAUUUGAGCAAAAUGUGUUUUAAAACAGUUUUACAGUUAUCUUUGGUAAUAGUUACAAGUAAUUUGUACGUAUUUGAAUAUACAAUUAGCCUUUGAUGUCGAAUUUUAAGCAUUAUAAUCUGUAUCAAAUAAAGGUGUGUAUAUA